GAGAUAGGCUUUUCUUCAUUCUGCUCUAUCCCCAUUCCCCCUAGUCAGACAAGCAGAGCAGAGCGGGACAGAGAGAGAGAGAAGAGUCGUGAGCGAACGAGUGCAGAACAGAACAACUCCACAAAGAGAAGAGAGAGGUGGAUCGUUCCCUUUGCGAGAAAAAGAGAAGAAAAUCAAGCCUUUCAGAAUACAUUACCAACUGAGGACAUUACUUAUUUCUAGCCCUGUUUUAUGUUGUAACAGUGAGAUUUCUUUCUCGUUCUACAAGAGCCUACACACUGAUUGUAAAAAACUUGUAUUGUGUAGUAGGAAUUGGGGAUUUUUGCAGAGAGAAGGAGAAAGAAAGAGAAAAGGUUUUUUAGGAGUUAGGUUUUGAGAAGCAGGAGGCUGCAGUCGUGGAGAUCAUGCCCGGUAGAGGAGCUUGUUCUGGGGCAGGCGUGGGGAAGUUGCCUGGGUACUGGGUCUGUGUGCUGGUUCUCUGUGCCCUGGUGACAGGCUACGUCAGCGCGUGCCCUGCCCUGUGUACCUGCAGUGGCACCACGGUGGACUGCCAUGGGCUGGGCAUCAAAACCAUGCCCCGGAAUAUACCCCGCAACACCGAGAGACUGGAGCUGAAUGGGAAUAACCUCACACGCAUCACCAAGAGUGACUUUUCUGGACUCAAGUACCUCCGUGUGCUACAGUUGAUGGAGAAUCAGAUUGGAGCGAUAGAGCGUGGAGCGUUUGAUGACAUGAAGGAGCUGGAGAGACUGCGCCUGAAUAGGAACCAACUGCAGCAGCUUCCUGAACUUCUGUUUCAGAAGAACCCUGCACUUUCACGUCUAGAUCUGAGUGAGAACAACAUCCAGUCCAUCCCCAGGAAGGCUUUCAGAGGAGCGACAGACAUCAAGAACCUUCAGUUGGAUAAGAACCACAUUGGCUGCAUCGAGGACGGAGCCUUCAGAGCACUGAGGGGCCUGGAAGUACUGACUCUGAACAACAACAACAUCAGCAGCAUCCCAGUCUCCAGCUUCAACCACAUGCCAAAACUACGUACCUUCCGUCUCCACUCCAACAAUCUGCACUGUGACUGUCACCUCUCCUGGUUGGCCCAGUGGUUAAGACAAAGGCCUACAAUUGGUCUGUUCACUCAGUGUACAGCACCAGCCCCGCUUAGAGGACUCAACGUGGCCGAGAUACAGAAACAUGAGUUUACCUGUUCAGGUCACUCAGAGAGCUCCGGCUUGCAGCCCUGCAGCCUAGGAGGAGGUUCGUGCCCUGCCAUGUGUACCUGUAGUAACAAUAUUGUGGACUGCAGAGGAAAAGGCCUCACAGCUAUACCUGCCAACCUUCCUGACACCAUGGCUGAGAUUCGUCUGGAGCAGAAUGGGAUCAAGUCAGUUCCUCCUGGAACCUUCUCUCCCUACAAGAAGCUGCGCAGGAUAGAUCUCAGUAAUAACCAAAUAUCAGAAAUAGCUCCUGAUGCCUUCCAGGGCCUGAGAUCCCUCAACUCACUAGUCCUAUAUGGGAAUAAGAUCACGGAGCUGCCCAAAGGAGUGUUCGACGGACUAUAUGCCCUGCAACUACUGUUGUUGAAUGCCAAUAAGAUCCACUGUGUUCGGGCCAAUGCAUUCACAGACCUGCAGAAUCUCUCUCUACUGUCUCUGUAUGACAACAAGAUACAGACUGUGGCCAAGGGCACCUUCGCAUCCCUCAGAGCUAUACAGACGCUUCACCUGGCCCAGAACCCGUUUAUCUGUGACUGUAACCUGAAGUGGCUGGCAGACUACCUUCGCUCCAACCCAAUAGAGACCAGUGGUGCACGCUGUGCUAGCCCCAGACGACUGGCCAACAAACGCAUCGGGCAGAUCAAGAGCAAGAAGUUCCGCUGCUCUGCCAAGGAACAAUACUUCAUCCCUGGCACCGAGGACGUCCGUUUGAAUAAUGAGUGUAACAGUGAUCCAGUCUGUCCUCCUAAAUGCCGCUGUGAGUCCAACGUGGUGGACUGCUCCAACCUACGCCUCAAUAAGAUACCAGAACACAUCCCUUCCUCUACCACUGAACUUCGUCUGAACAACAAUGAUAUCAGCACACUGGAGGCUGUAGGGGUCUUCAAGACCCUCUCUCAGCUCAAAAAGAUUAACCUUAGCAACAAUAAGAUCACAGAGAUCGAAGAUGGGGUGUUCGAGGGGGCGGGGUCGGUCAAUGAGCUCCACCUCACAGCCAAUCAGCUGGACUCUGUCCGCAGUGGAAUGUUCAAGGGACUGGAGGGACUACGCAUGCUAAUGUUGAGGAACAACAAGAUCAGCUGUAUCCAUAACAACAGCUUCACUGGCUUGUACAACGUUCGCCUGCUGUCUCUCUAUGACAACCAGCUAACUACCAUCACCCCUGGAGCCUUCGACACCCUGCAAACACUGUCUACACUUAACCUCCUUGCUAACUCCUUCAACUGUGACUGUCGUCUGGCCUGGCUUGGUGAUUGGCUGAGAAGCAGGAAGAUCGUCACAGGCAACCCUCGAUGCCAGCGCCCCGCCUUCCUCAAGGAGAUCCCACUACAGGACGUGGCAGUGCCUGACUUCCGCUGUGAAGAGGGUGUGGAGGAGACAAGCUGUGUGCCCAGGCCUCAGUGUCCCAGUGAGUGUACUUGUUUGGAGACCGUGGUACGCUGCAGUAACAAACAUCUCCGUACAUUGCCCAAAGGCAUCCCCAGAAACGUCACCGAGCUGUAUCUAGACGGGAACCAGUUCAGUGUGGUGCCAAAGGAACUGUCUACCUUCAAAUACCUCCAGUUAGUAGACCUGAGUAACAACAAGGUCAACUCUCUAACCAACUCUUCAUUCUCCAACAUGAGUCAGCUCACCACACUGAUCCUGAGUUAUAACUCUCUGCGCUGCAUCCCCAGUCUGGCCUUUGGUGGACUACGUUCCCUUCGACUACUGUCUCUCCAUGGCAACGAGAUCUCCGAGCUUCCUGACGGCAUCUUCAGUGACGUGGCCUCUCUGUCUCACCUGGCAAUUGGUGCUAACCCUCUGUACUGUGACUGCCGUCUACGUUGGCUGUCUGAUUGGGUGAAGACGGGAUACAAGGAGCCUGGCAUCGCCCGUUGUGCCGGACCGACGGGCAUGGAGGGCAAGCUGCUGCUCACCACCCCUGCCAAGAAGUUUGAGUGCCAUGGUGAGGUGGACAGUGGCGUCCUGGCCAAGUGUAGCCCGUGUCUGUCCAGUCCGUGUGUCAACCAGGGGAUCUGUCACAGUGAUCUGGUGGAGAUUUACAGGUGCAGCUGUCCUCCUGGAUUCAAGGGUAGGAACUGUGAGACUGCUCUGAACGUCUGUGUCAGUAACCCCUGUGCCAAUGGGGGCACCUGCCAACUAAACGAGGAGGAGGAGGCAUACAGCUGUGCCUGUCCCCUUGGAUUUGAAGGCCCUACCUGCCAGACCAACAUGGAUGACUGUGAAGAUAACGACUGUGAAAACGGAGCUAACUGUAUAGAUGGUGUCAACAACUAUACCUGCCUCUGUCCUCCUUACUACACCGGGGAGAUGUGUGAGGAGAUGGAGGAUGUGUGUGCUCCAGGUGUCAGUCCGUGUCAACACCAGUCUACCUGUCUCAUCAGCUCUACUGGACCUCAGUGUGUGUGUUCUCCGGGCUACGUUGGUGAUGACUGCAGUGUGGACUAUGAUGACUGUGAGGAGAAUCGCUGUCAGAACGGAGCUCAGUGUGUCGACCAACUCAACGCAUACUCCUGCUCCUGCCCCGAUGGCUACAGUGGUCAGUUGUGUGAGAUGCCCUCCUCACCGCGGUCUCUAUGUGACCUGGCAGACUGCCAGAACGAUGCCCCGUGUGUGGAGCGGGCAGGCCGGGCACUGUGCCAGUGUCUCCCUGGGUUCGGCGGUCCUCGCUGUGAGAAGCUGGUCAGUGUGAACUUCGUAGACAGAGACUCCUACCUGCUGCUCUCUGACCUCAAGAACUGGCCCCAGGCUAACAUCACACUGCAGGUGUCGACAGCGGAGGACAACGGUAUCCUGCUGUAUAAUGGGGACAACGACCACAUCGCCGUGGAGCUGUUCCAGGGUCAUGUUAAGGUCAGCUACGACCCUGGCAGCCUGCCUGGACAUGCUAUCUACAGUACUGAGACGAUCAACGACGGUCAGUUCCACACGGUGGAGCUGGUGACCAUUGACCAGAUGGUGAACCUGUCCAUCGACGGGGGUCUCCCCACCACCAUGGACAGCCUGAGGGGGGUCCGGCCCCUCAACGGGGAGGCUCCGCUAUACGUGGGGGGUAGGGGCCCUCUCCAGAACACACCUACUUCCUCCUCCUCUGCUGCAGGUAUGCCCGUGGACGUCCACUCGGCAGCCUUCCGGCUCUGGCAGAUCCAGAAUGGCUCCAGUUUCCACGGCUGCAUCCAGAAUCUGUAUAUCAACAAUGAGCUGCAGGACUUCACUAAGACCCAGAUGAAGCCGGGCGUGGUGCCAGGCUGUGAACCUUGUAGGAAGAUCUACUGCCUACAUGGUAUCUGCCAGCCGGACGGGGCACAGGGACCAGUCUGCCACUGCCAGCCGGGCUGGAACGGACCACACUGUGACCAGCCGGCCACCAACCCAUGCCAGGGCAGCAAGUGUGUGCAUGGCAAGUGUAUUCCCCUGGACCUGCAGUCAUACCGCUGUGAGUGUGUGGAGGGUUACCGUGGUGCCCUGUGUAACCAGCAGGGGGAACUGUUUAACCCCUGCCGCAGCCACAACUGUAAACACGGGCGCUGCCAGAUCUCUGAUACAGGAGAGGCCUACUGCCACUGUGAGGCCGGAUACACCGGAGAGCUCUGUGAUGCAGACCAAGAGGUAAUCCAGCCUAAACCAACUACAGAGUCAGAGUGUCGGGGGGAGCCCGUGAGGGACUUCUACCAGGUGCAGCGUGGGUACACCAUCUGUCAGACCACACGCAUGGUCUCCUGGGUAGAGUGCUCCGGCGCCUGCGACACAGGUGCCUGCUGUGCCAGCCAGCGAAUGAAACGCCGGAAAUACACCUUUGAGUGCAGCGAUGGAACCUCGUUCAGCGAGGAAGUGGAGAAGACCAUCAAGUGUGGCUGCGUGGGCUGCAUGUAGUAGCACGCUUCACACAAACCUGCUACCGCCACCACCAAGUGCACCAGAGCGAGAGAGAGAAAGAGAGAGAGAGAGAGAGAGAGAGAGAGAGAGAGAGAGAGAGAGAGAGAGAGAGAGAGAGAGAGAGAGAGAGAGAGAGAAGGAAGAAGGAAGAAGUAAGAGAACCAGAGAGUAUAAAGAAAUAUAUAUAAAAACCUCUAUCUAUAUAUUAUGGACAACAAUGUUUAUAAAAUAGGACAUUUCCUCCCCUUCCAUGGCUGUGUGACGUACAGAAACACAGAGAAAACAAACACCAUCAACAACAACAUGGAAAAGUGUGAACAACAACAACCAAACCAUUGUAUCUGCAACAUUGUUUUGAAGAGUUCUAGAGAUGCAAAGGUGUUGCAUUCAGAGCCAGACAUCAACCAGCCCCUCAUACACACCUGGUCUAAACCUCUGGCCCCUUGGCUCAUCCAUCCAUUAGGCCUCAGAUAGCCUAAGCACCAUCUGCUUUCUUUGCUUCCCGAAGGCUGUAUGUGUAAUAUGACGUCCGGUCUGGUCGGGGUGGCAGGACGGAAGAGGUACAGAGAUGUAAAAAAAAAAAAAAAAAAAUGACAGAGGGAGGAUAGUAGAGUUGGGUUGUAGUUAAGUUUGGUUAGGCAGGGCAGGACUGGGCUGAGCAGGAGUUGGGCUGGAACUGGACUGUAGCUGGUGUGGGCUGGUAUAAGCUUGCCUGGACUGUAAAUGAGUUGAGCCGGGUUAGGUCAGGUUUAGAUGGGCCAGAUUGUAGUUGAGCUGUGCUGAGCAGAGCUGGGGUUAGGUCGGGCUAUAUCUGGGCCGAUUUCUUAUUGGACUCUAUCCUGGAGUUUUUAGAACAAGAGAUGUCCAUUCUUUUCAUUACUGAUAAGACCACUGCACUGAAUACCAGCACUGAGAAUCACAGUCAUUUGCCCUUCACAGCACAUACACACAACAUGCACGCAUGCACCACACUAGAGGACAUUCUUGUCUGAGCAGAAGGGUCGUUCCAUUAGAAGCAGUCAGAAGGGGCUGUCUGAUACACAUUGUGAGGCAGGUAGACCUUCCAUUCCCCUACAGUAGGCUAUAAGCUAUACCCCCACCUGGAGCAGGCAGUACCCGGUGGAGACCAAUCCCCCAGCAUGCAUUGCCUCAGGAUGAUUUGCAUAAGCCCUCCCCCUUUGAGCAGGAGGAUGAUUAGGCCCCUCCCCUCAAUGCCUGCAGUAUUAAAUGUGUGCAAACUUGCAUGUGAGAAGUUUGCAAAUUGAUAUGUAGAGCUUUUUAUUAUGUUUAUUAUUACGGAACAAAAAGGUUCAGAAUAUUUGUUUUGUUACGUCUAAUUUCAAUUAUUUGUUUUGCAUUGUUUUGUUUUUAUUUGUUAUUAUAUUUUGUUUUCUGAUGUAACCUAACACCUUUAGCCCUCUCUUUAUACAGAAAUGCCUAACAGAUUCUAAUAUAUAUAUUUGUAUUUCAUUUUGGUAUAGUAUUUUUAUAUGUUAAAGAGUAAAUCUUUGUUUUCUGGAAGCUUCUAUUGGAACAGGCAGGAUGGCAUUUGAUUGGUUCCCGAGCUGUUUUUAUUUGGUUAUUUCACUUGCUCAAACAAGGUAGUUUGUAAUUGUCCAAAACAAGGUAGUGAAUGGUUGGCCUUGUUGUGUAGGCAGCAGUAUUGAUGUAGAAACAUGUUUAAUAUUGUAUAUGUUGUCUUCCAUGUGAAUAUGACAUCUAAUUCAUUUGAAAGUCUGUGUGCUGUUUGUUUUAUUUUUUAUUUAUUUUAUCUUAAAGCUUUUUCCUGUAGAGUAUAAAAGGCAUAAUAAUUGUUGCUGAUUUUCAAAAAAUAAAAAUAAAUAAAAAAGUUAAAAUAAAAACUAGUGUAACAAAAAAAAGCUGUAAGGUAUUUGUGACAUCACUUAAUAGCCAGUUAUGACAGUAUUUUUUCCCCUCUGGCUCAGACACAUUCCUCAUUGGCUGUUGAGCCCGAGUGGGUGGAGUUAAAAUGCAAAUGAGUGAGAUGCCCCUCCCACUCUGAAAUACAUUUUUCCUGUAUUUACUAUACCAUACUCUGAAAUAUUGUGAAAGGGUUCGGAUUGUCUUGUGUUGAUUUUGUUUAAGUAUUAGGCUGAAUUCCUGUCAUUUUAAAUUGGGGACAUUUUCCGUGGUAGAAGUAAUUAUAAGAUUUUAGUGAAAGUCACAGUCGACUGAAAUCAAGCUGCUGUAGGAAGCUUACUUAUUGUGGAUGUUCACAAAGAUGGUGUCUACAUUUUACCUGCAUUAAAUUGGUGCUGCCAUCUUAUCAUUGUACUGUGGUGGGAGGUGAAAAGAUGGUGAGGCCAUGGGCUGAAUGACAGCAAACUGUAGACCUGCCAUCUUUCUGUAUGUUUGCCAUUGGAUCCACUUACCGCAAUCCUAUUUUAACAUGCAGAUAAUGCCUGGAUUCAAUCCUAUUUUAACAUGCACAGAUAAUGCCUGGAUUCAAUCUGUAUCGCUGAACUUCAGCGUUAUAAGGUGAUUGAAAUUUAAAGGCAAUGUUCCCGCGCUAGCAGAGACUGCAUUCGCGGUAAAUUAAUUUAGCCCUAGAUGUCCAUUCUGACUGGCUAUAGAACACAAAUCAGAGAUGAAAAGGUGCCAAUCGCAGAGUAGAACAGUCCAACCUGAAUGUAUAAAUGUGUAUAAACAUGAAUUGAGCUCACUCCUGAAGCGGUAUGGUUCAGCUGUUAUCCUCUUUGUUUUCUAAGUGGGAGACCUACAGGACGGGUUUCCUGCGGAGUAGGAUGAAGUUGCCCCUAGACACAGUUCUGUGGUCAGUUUGGUGGUUUUCCCCACUAAUGAUUAAGGAAAAGCUUUGGGGACGGAAAGCUGAUCCUAGAUCUAUGCUUAAGAACAACUUGUACCCAGAGUGUCCUGUUGCAGUGGACUCCUUGUUUGCCCCGAUGUUAACCUUGUCUUAUAUAUAUCCCUGAGGUUAUCCCUUAUGGUGUCCACAUUGUAUGAUAUUGAUGAACUGUCAUCUCAUCCUUUAGCUUAACGUUUAGCUCUAUGCCUCGCAGAUUUCAACAUGAGUUUAUCACAGCUCUCACAAAAAGGACUUUCAUACUUGCAAACAUGGAUAUUGAUCAUUGCAAUUCAGCCGGAUUCCAUUCAUUCUAGGGUGAAACCUGUAAAGACUCAUCCACCAUCCUCGAGAGAGAACUGUACUCCGUAUCAUGUCAUUGUGAAAGACGCAGUGUCUCUGUUGUAUUGAACUGGUAAAAAAAAGAACAAACAGAACAAAAACUAUACUAAUUCUCUGGUCUGUUUCCUACAGAUGUGCUACUUCUGUUGCUUUGGUUGUGUUCCGUCGCAGGUGUGAUGGUGGGAUUGAACUGAAGUCCCAGUGAUGCUGAAUGUAUGUAGUAUCUAUCGAUCUAUCUUUAUCUAUCGCCACCGACAAAAUGUUUACUGAACCUCCUCCACUUUUCAUUCAUUAAACUUUAAUGUGUGUGCUUUUAA